AUGACGUUAUUGCUGGCGUACGACUGCAGCGUAAUUGGGUUUAUCCUAAAUGAAUGCACAUCCAAUGGGCAAACAGUCCAAGUGGAUAUUAUGAGCAGCCAGGGAGAUAUCAAACCCACUAAAUCCCUCUUAUGAUUCAAUGCGACAUUAAGUCGACACCGAGCUGUUGACUUGCUCGCCUUUUUAAUAACACUUUGGAUUCACGAUCCAAAAGUUCUGGUUGACUUAACAGUGCUUCACUUCAGAGGACUCUGCUCAUUGAAACAGUGCAGGGCACAACGAUGCGGCUCGCCAGGACCCUCCUCGCCCUGGCACUUCUUUGCGCACCGGUUUCCAGUAUCUGCUUACCGACGUACGACUCCGUAUCCAACUUUCUUUGCAACAGUGAAGUGUUCUCCGAGACAAAUGAUAACGGGCAAUCAGAAAAUUCCCUGCUGGACAGUCUAAACCUCCUGUACAAAUCGGCACACGCGUUUUCCUCCGAGGACGAGGAGCCGCGCGAGAGGAGGACGAUACCCGCGUCCAAAUACAGAUACUUGAGCCAGACGCAGCUCAGGAGUAAACUGUACCGUAACAGUGCGAAGAGUGACCGACGCAGCCAGGUCACCCUAUCCCUUGAUGUCCCCACCAACAUUAUGAACAUCCUCUUCAACAUUGCCAAAGCCAAGAACCUGCGCGCAAAGGCGGACGACAACGCACGCUUGCUGGCGCAGAUUGGAAAGAGAAAGUGAACACUUAUGUCACUAAUUUGACUUUAACCUUUUAUUUUAUUUUAUUUUUUUAUUUUAACAACUGAGGCAUGUUAUCUCAAAUGUAAUAAUGUAGUAAAUGUUGUU